AUGUCAGACCACGUUGAAGACGACGAAGAAGGUUUCGGAGGCCCUUUGCUUAUUGAGCAGCUUGAAGGAAGCGGUAUCUCUCCUGGUGAUAUCAAGAAGCUUAAGCUGGAAGGAUACCACACGGUGGAGAGUGUGGCAUAUGCUCCAAAGAAGGCGUUGCUUACCGUGAGAGGUAUUUCUGAAGCCAAAGCUGAUAAGAUCAGUAUUGAGGCGGCCAAGCUUGUUCCUAUGGGCUUCACCACGGCCUCGGAAUUUCACAGCAGAAGGUCUGAGUUGAUUUGUCUUACCAGUGGUUCAAAGCAGUUGGAUACUUUGCUUGGUGGAGGUGUGGAGACUGGCUCCAUUACUGAAGUUUUUGGUGAGUUCCGUACUGGUAAGUCACAGUUGUGUCAUACGUUGGCAGUUACUUGUCAGUUGCCUAUUGAUAUGGGUGGUGGCGAAGGUAAAUGUCUUUACAUCGAUACUGAGGGUACGUUUAGACCCGUAAGACUUGUACUGAUUGCCCAAAGAUACGGUUUGAACCCGGACGAUUGUCUUGACAACGUAGCGUAUGCCAGGGCUUACAAUGCCGAACAUCAGUUCCAGCUUUUGCACCAGGCAGCGCAGAUGAUGUCUGAAUCCCGUUUCUCCUUGCUUGUGGUGGAUUCCAUAAUGUCCUUGUAUAGAACUGACUAUUCAGGACGUGGAGAAUUGUCUGCCAGACAGGGCCAUGUUGCAAAGUUCAUGAGAACGUUACAAAGAUUGGCGGACGAGUUUGGUAUUGCCGUUGUGAUUACCAACCAGGUUGUUGCCCAAGUUGACGGUAUGGCUGGAAUGUUUAAUCCUGAUCCAAAGAAACCUAUUGGAGGUAACAUUAUUGCCCACAGUUCUACCACUCGUUUAUCGUUUAAGAAGGGUAGAGGCGAGCAGAGAAUCUGUAAGAUCUACGACAGUCCGUGCUUACCAGAAAGUGAAUGUGUGUUUGCCAUUUACGAAGAUGGUAUAGGCGAUCCUAAGACUGAGGAGGACGAUGCUUAG